AUAAUAAACAAUGCAAUUAACGUCCAAGCAUCCGACAGGAUGAUAUAACAGAGCAGCUUUAAUUAAAGGAUUGAUUGAAUUAAAUGUAUACGGAUGUAUUUUCUUUAUUUUCUUUAAUUGAGUUCACAGUAGAUGGCGGUAGUGCGCGAAAUUGGUGUGAUCCGCAAAAAUAAAGGGAAGAAAAGAAGAAGAAGCAACAGUAAUCCUGUUUUGUUGUUGUUUUGUGUUGUUAUCCUGUGUUUGUUAUACGAGCGCAUGUUAGCAUCCGGGGAUAUUUCUCAACACUUAUAAUGAGAUGGAGGCGUUGCUGAAGAGAGAGCUGGGCACAUCUCUUCUGAAGAGCACUGGUCAUUCAGGAGGAGGAUGCAUCAGUGAAGGCCAGAGCUUUGACACUGACACUGGCAGAGUGUUCGUCAAGAUCAACCACAAGAAUGAGGCUAGAAGGAUGUUUGAUGGAGAGUUGGCGAGCUUGGAAGCGAUCCUGGCUACAAACACAGUGAAAGUGCCCAGGCCUGUGAAGGUGGUGGACCUUGAGAGAAGUGGAGCUGUUCUCAUAAUGGAACAUGUGGAGAUGAGGACCUUGAAUAAAUACUCAUCAAAGCUGGGAGAACAACUAGCUGACCUGCAUCUUGACAACAAGAGACAGAUAGAGAAACAAAACAAGGAACAGCAGACUGUUGGAAAAGGAUCAGGAACAUCUGAAAUUCAAAUAGCCAACAAGUUUGGCUUUCACGUGGCUACCUGCUGUGGUUAUAUCCCUCAGGUAAAUGAUUGGCAGGAUGAUUGGGUGUCCUUUUUUGCCCAGCAAAGGCUGCAGUACCAGCUCAGCCUGGUGGAACAGUCAUAUGGAGACAGAGAGGCCAGGGAAUUGUGGGCCAAACUCCAGCUGAAGGUCCAUCAGCUGUUUACAGACAUAGAGGUGGUUCCAGCUCUGCUGCAUGGAGAUCUUUGGGGAGGAAAUGUGGCCGAAUGUUCUGACGGUCCCAUCAUCUUUGACCCAGCAUCGUUUUAUGGCCAUUCAGAGUUUGAGCUGGCUAUUUCUAGCAUGUUUGGUGGUUUUGGGAGCUCGUUUUACAAAGCUUACCAUGAGAAGAUCCCCAAGGCCACUGGCUUUGAAAAGAGGCAACAGCUUUACCAGCUGUUCCACUAUCUGAACCACUGGAAUCAUUUUGGUGGUGGCUACAGAGGUUCUUCUCUACGGAUUAUGAAGGAUCUAACAAAGUAGAUGCACCCUGAUUCUUUAAAGGGUUAGUUCAGCCAAA